AUGAUGACACGAAAGAAAGCUCCAUCACCCACAUUUGAUCCAGAUGAAGAAGCUAACAUGGAUCGUGCUGCGCAAGAGCUGGCGAUGAAAAUGGCUAGUAUGAGAACGGAUCUUGGGGACUGGAAACCUCCUACCGCUGCCCAGGAAGCGGUUAAACGUAAUGAUUCUCUUUCUGGGAUUCCUCCGCGGAAACGGAGCUCCCUCAAAGAUGUCCAGCAAGACUCUGGUGGCUCACUGGAGCUGCCAGCCCAUUUAGCAAACCAGCCCACAGAUAACGAUAAUGUCAAGCCCGUUGGGGAUCUAGCACCCGACGAUCCAAAGCUGACAGCUCCUGCUUGGGCCGAUUUUGAAACGGCUGCUCCGGAGCUUCCACCUAGUGAGAGCGGAUUCUUUAGCAACAAGGAAAGCAACAGUUUGGACCCUUCUUCUGAAGCAUAUGACCCCUUCAUUGUGCCAACGGAUUUCAAACCACCAAGAGAUCCCUUUGCUCCUCCGGAUAAGAACUUGAUCGAAGAGGACUAUGAUCCAUUCGCAGUCCGGCCUGUGGAAGAUAUCGUUGCUGCCGCCAGAGCUAAGGCUGAAGAAGUUCGGAUGGCCAAGGAAGUACAGGAUGAUGUGGACUUCUUCUCAGGAUCACGGCAUAGUCCAGCGCUUUCAACACCAACGCCAGAGGGUGGCAGUCCAGUAGCAAGUCCAACUCCUCGCCCUGAAGGAUUCGAGGAUGAUUUCAAAUGCGAGGGCAUGGAUAUGGAAACACCGACUCCGCUCUACGAUGAAGAUGAUUCUGAGCCUCUCACUGAGUUUUUACCCAAAUUUACCGGUGAUGGUUGGGAUCUUAUGGUUAGGUGAGU